CCAUUCGAGCUAAUAGAUGCGAUAUUCCAACUACUCUCUCCGCUCGGCCCCACGUACAGUGACGACUUCCGCGUCGCGCGGACGGCCCUUGCUAGAUGUGCGCGGACGUGUCACGCUUACCACAAAAUAGCGUUGACUGUCCUCUGGAAGGAACAAUAUCUCAGCUGCGUUUGCAAGGCAGUCUUGUCGAACUUUGCUAUGGGCUGUGUCAAGUGGCCCGAGGAGGAGGUAUAUUGGGAGGAUGCCAGUAGUGAAUCGGACGACGAUGCAAACGAAGAUAUGGCUGUAGGCGUGGAUCUAAAUGAGUAUCCCCAUGUUUAUCAUUAUCUACCAGGUCCCAUCUCUCCGGAGGAUUGGUCGCGCUUCGUGUACUACGCGAAGUUCAUUCAAGUCCUCCGCUAUCCAACUGAGGAGACAGUGGACUCCUCUGUAUUUCUUUUCCUGCAGCAGCAUUCACAUGGCAACCCGCUGUUCCCUCGGUUACGUGAACUCAUAUGGGAACACGCUACCCCGGAGCUGGUGUCGGUCAUAUCACCGUCCAUCCGCAUCCUUCACCUCCCUGAUGAUACCGCUGAAGAGGAGAAUGCCUCGCAUCAACGCGAGUAUGGGUACCGGAUGCGGCGGCAUGCCUUCAAGCAGCUCAUUCCUGCCGUACUUCAGGGUCUUCCUAACCUUGAAGAGCUUUCGCUGCGAGCUCUUGGGCACGAGUUCUUCUGGUUCCCGUUCACGUCGACACCAAACGGCUGCUUCGUCAACCAGAACAUCCGCAUCCUGCAUAUAGUCGAGUCAUCUCGGACCACCAUGAAAGCGGUCCUUGCCGCCGUCUCGACCAUUCUGAACCUCAGUGAACUUGACAUUGCCGUCUAUGAUUCCUACGCUGAGGCGGCUAUCGCUCAACGGUCGUACGGCAACGGGGCAGCGCUCGUCGAAGCAAUUGCCGCACCAGAUCUGGAAGACAUAACACUGAGGACCGUGGACGUUUCCCUUCUUCCGGAUCGCGAGUAUCGAGCCAUGGCAGAGACUGCGCUCUCUGCGGUCUUUGACCGGCUGCGUCGCCGAAAUGCAACAUCUCUGCGGGUGUUCAGCUUGAUACUCGAUCUCAAUGUAUCUGUGUUCCCCUGCGGAACCGCUGCGGACAUGCCAUUUCCCUCGCUCGCUCGCUCGCUGCUCGAGAUUCGCCAUCUCCAUGGAAUCACUGUAUGCCAGGGCAGCCAGGGCACCGAAGCCUCCCCCGACUUCCUUCAGCUCAUCGCGCGCGAAUGCCCUCAGCUCGAGAGUCUGGAGGUGAAGCGUCUGCUGAAAGACUUUGUCGACCUCCUCCCACCUGCCUCUCGUGAUGAGAGUGCGGGCUCUGACGCACGGCGCACGUCUGCGCUUCGACAGCUACGCACGUCGCUUCCCUGCGCGAUAUUGGCCGCAGAUAUCACCAGAGUUGCGCGCUUCCUGGCCGCUCUGUUUCCGCAACUGGAACCUGGGCAGUGUUCGCUGAAAUGCUUCCCCGACUGCACUCGUUUUGAAGUCGGAACGUUUUCGACACCGGAGUCUCCUGACGUGCUGAAGGAGGUGUCGCGGUUGCAACAAGCGCGAUGGAAUGUAUGAGAUAACAGACAUGGGCUCGUGUCUAGGCGUGUUUACACUCGCCGCGCAUAGCAUUUGGAUUCAUUCGCAAACAAAACUCAUGGAUUUACUCAGUAUGAUCUGUUCGCUCGCCAGUAGUCGCACCUUCAGUUGUCGUUGUCGUUCACGAGCACCACAGAUAUGUAAUGCUCCACCG